AAAUAUUUGGGUGAUGGGUAAGAAAUAUCAACAACAUCCUCACAAACUAUUUGUUUUUGUUGGCAACCUCACAAACUAAGAAAAUCUGAAAAAUGGUCAAAACUUCUUAUCCCUUAUUAACGCAUGUCCUCGCCCAUCUUAGCCUUCUCUCUCUCUCUCUCUCUCUCUCUCUCUCUCUCUCUCUCUCUCAACAUUUGCAUGGUUAGGGUUUCCAGUUACUUCUUUGCAUGGUUAGGAAAUUCCCACUUUACCUUCCCCCAACUCCUUGGGAUGGAGGUUCAAACAGAUUUCAGGCGUCCGUGAAAGCUCAGGCCAGCAAUGUGUCCAUAGAUUUCAACAAUGUUUAUCCUUCAAUCAUAAUUUCAUGUGGAAAGACUCGACAGACAGGCUUCUACAGCUUACUUUACGGUGAAAAUCCAUUGAAAAGUUCAUUCACUCUUUUGUUGUUAGAGUUCGCUUUGAUCAUCGUCCUCACACGUAUCCUCCGUGUUCUUCUCAAGCCUCUCAAACAACCCAGAAUGGUCUCAGAAGUCAUUGGUGGUAUAUUCAUUGGACCGUCAAUUUUAGGCCGCAGCGAGAAAUUUACUUCAGUUAUGUUUCCGAAAAAUUCAAAAUUCAUAGUGAGAAAUAUUGGAUUAAUUGGAUUCACUUAUUAUUUUUUCUUGUCCGGAGUGAAAAUGGACCUUUCGCUGGUGAAAAAGACAAAUAAGAAACAAUUGUACAUGGCAUUUGCUGGAGUGCUCCUCCCCUUCAUAGUUAUAUCAAUUGUUGCAUUCAGUUUGCGCAAGUCCAUGGACAAAGAACUAGCUAGAAUUUCUUCACUUGGAUUCAUUUCCUCCGGCUUGGCCCUACCGUUGUUUCCGGUCAUCCACGCCAUCCUCAAAGAGCUCAACCUUCUGAGCUCUGAGAUCGGACGUCUGGCAUUGUCGAUAUCGGUGAUCAGCGAUGCGAUUGGAGGCUGUAUAAUGGUUUUAUUUGAGGCAGCUAAGCAAGGUGAGGGCAACCACCUGGCUGUGUUAUGGUACUUGAUUUCUGUGGUUGUUUUUGUGGCCUUCAUUGUGUUUGUGAUUAGAAGGAGUUUGUUGAGAGUUGCUGAGACCACCCCAGAAGGGCAACCAGUGGACCAAGCAUACGUGGUGUCGAUUUUGUUGGGGGUUUUAGUGAUGGGAUGUUUGGGUGACAUCUCUGGGAUCACGAUCGUAAACGGUGCGUUCUGGUUGGGUUUCGCGAUCCCGGAUGGCCCUCCGCUUGGAUCAACAAUUGUAGAGAGGAGUGAGAUGGUUAUAGUGGAUGUUUUGAUGCCAUUUUCUUUUGCAAUGGUUGGGCUUUCUGUGGAUGUGAAUGCCAUGAGCUCUGUUGGUUGGUCAAGCUUGAGUCCCUUGUUUGCCAUCACUGCGACUGCCUAUGUGGCUAAGUUGCUUGGAACCCUAAUCACUUCUGCCUUCUUUGAGUUGCCACUCAGAGAUGGUGUUACGCUCAGCUUCAUGAUGAUCCUAAAAGGUCAAGUGGAGAUAGUGGUUUUACUCCAUUGGAUGGACAAAAAGAUAAUGGCGAUUCCAGGGUUUACAAUGAUGGUGAUAUCCAUCACUACAAUGACUGCAAUAGCCACGCCCUUGAUCAGCAUCCUCUAUGACCCAACAAGGCCAUACAUGGUCCAUAAAAGGAGAACCAUCCAGCACACUCCUCUGGAGGAAGCAGAACUUCGCAUAGUCCUAUGUAUAUAUGAUGAAGAUAGCAUAGCUGGCCUCAUAAACCUUCUUGAAAUCUCCAAUCCAACUCUAAGCACCCCGUUCGUAAUCUUUUCUCUCCAUCUUGUCGACCUUGUUGGCCGGGCUUGUCCUGUGCUUAUAGACCAUGAAAAGCAGGAAGAGCAAGAUUCAAAAUAUGCAGUUUGUCACACAAUCCACAAUGUCAUAAAGCAAUACCAAGAAACCAAAGGUGAGUGUGUUAGGCUCCAUCCCUUCACAGCUAUAGUGCCAAACAAAACAAUGUACCAAGACAUUUGUGACCUAGCUCUUGUGAAAAAGGCCACACUUUUAAUUUUGCCUUUUCACAAAGAAUGUUUGGAUACUCUUGGAGGACAAUUAACAGAAACUGUGAGGCAUGGGGUUAGAUCUGUCAAUUCAAAUGUGUUAGCCCAUGCACCUUGCUCAGUUGGAGUUUUGGUUGACAAGGGUCAUGUUAACCAACUGGCAUUAAGGAACACCGAGCUACACUUUGCCGUGCUAUAUUUGGGCGGAGCAGAUUCUAGGGAGGCAUUGUGUUAUGCAGAUAGGAUGGCUGGAAAAUUCAAUGUGUCACUGACUGUGAUUCGGUUUCUUUCACACAAUUCUGAAGGUGAUGAUGAGAUGGAGAAGAAGUUGGAUGAUGGGGUUGUGACAUGGUUUUGGAUGAAGAAUGAGAGGAAUGAGAGGGUGAAUUAUAAAGAGGUGGUGGUGAGGAAUGGGGAAGAGACAAUCUCAGCCAUUCAAUCAAUGAAUGAUGAUAAUGAAAAUAAUUAUGACCUUUGGAUUGUGGGGAGGAAACAAGGGAUCAAUCCUGUGCUUUUAUCUGGGCUAUCAUGUUGGAGUGAGAAUGGUGAGUUGGGAAUAAUUGGGGACUAUAUUUCCUCUCUUGAUUUUUGUUGUACUGCUUCUGUGUUAGUGGUGCAACAGCAGACUUUGAGAGGGCAAGGGUCAGAUAGUACAAGUGGAAGGUUUGCAUGUAACCCUAGCCCUACUCAGAAGGUGAAGGAUUUGUUAAUUUCAUGGUGUUGGUAACUAGGGUUUGAUAAUUCACAAACCAGAUGUGUAUUUAUUAUUAGCUAGGCUCAGGCGAAAGAGAGAUAGGGACCAGCUGAGGUAGAAUUGAGUUUAGGCGAGUGAAUAAAAUUAGUACUCAUUUGAAUGUAUACUUUGUGAUGUAUCAUAUGUUAAUUACAUGUAUAGAUACUUCAUAUCAUGUACUCAUUUCAUACAGAGAUACUUCAUAUCAUGUACUCAUUUCAUACAGACGGUAAUCCUACUUCCACUCAAAACAUACGCGCUUAUUUGCAACUCUCCCACAAAGUUAAUCCUCUUCCCUACAAAGAAACUCUUCUUAGCACUCGAUAAGUCAUAUCUGACACUCAUUUCUUAUGAAAACAUAAGGGAAGAACUACACUUUAAUGAUUGUAUCAUUAGUUUAUUAGAGUAAACAACAACAACAACAACCAAGUUUUAUUUACCCAUAUCUUUCUUAUAACUGAAUCAUCUACUCUCGGUUUUGCAUCAAGUCUUCUUUUAAAUUCUAGAAUGCCACUACUCUUGGUUUUGCAUCAAGUCUUCUUUUAGCUCCAGUACUCCAUAUCUUUCUUUUAGUCUCUUACCAAGUUUUCAUAGGUCUUUCUUUACCCUUUUUGCCAUUUGAGGCUCUAUCUCGUAGUCGUAUCUUAUAACUGAAUCAUCUGUAGGUCUUUGGUUCACAUGUCCAAACCACCUUAACCGAUUUUUUUCUCAUCUUAUCUUCAAUUGCGGUCACUCCAAAUUUACCUCAGAUAUCCUCGUCCUUAAUCCUAUCAUUUCUCAUGUGCGCACACAUUCAACAAAGCAUUCUCAUCUUCGCUAUACUAAUUUUCUGCAUAUGUUGCUUUUUGACCACCUAACAUUCCAUGUCAUAAAACAUUGUUGGACUUAUUGUCGUCUUGUAAAAAUUUUUCUUGAACUUUAGUGACAUACAACAAUCUCAUGACACGCCCAAUAAAGAAAAGGGAGAGUGUAUCAGGUAAUCGACAACCAACAUUUUAUUCUUCGUGCCAGAUCCCAAUAAUAUGAAUCAUUAGUUUUUUAAGAGUAUCGAUAACUAAUUCUUACUGCAAUUAAAGAGACAUCCAAAUGAAACCAUGAACAUUAUAUGAUGGAAGUCAUCAUGUGUUUUUUCAAGCU